CCAUGGUAAGCAGUCUAUCCGCGGUGACGGUGACGAACAGGCCGAUUGUACGUCGCUCCGUCGCUUUCAGUUAUCGUGACAAUCGAUUUCCGUUCUCUAGAUCUCUAUCGAUAAAGAUGUGUCACACAUUCCUAGAAAUCGCAAAUUAUUCCUCCGAGUAACGCUUCGUACUAGCCAUCGUAUUAAUUUGAUAUAUCGUAAAAAAAGUGAGCAAAGAAAAGUAUCUUGAUUAUAAGUGAUUGAUCUUACGUUGACGUUACGUUAUUAAUUAAUGAAUUUCUCUGGAUAAAACUACGUGAAACUAUACUUUCUUUUCAACAUUGUAUUGCUCGAGAUGCAAGAGGAAUCAAUUUUCCUGAUGUAUUUUUCGGACGUCAAUCAUUAGCUAUGACGGAUGAUUCGUGAAAGGAAUUAAUGCGUCCUCGGACGUGGUCAAAAUCGAAUAAAUCUUUCACUUGGAACAAAGUGAAAAUUUUCGAAAUGGAUAAUUUUGCGUGGUUGUUACGUUCUGAAAAUAGAACAGAAAGCGCAAUAAUCGAUAGCGAAAUAUCAAGAUUUUCCAAACCGCUGAGAGCAUUUGCAGCUGUAAUUGCAAUAUUAAUUAUGAUCACUGGCCUUAUUGGUAAUUUAUUAACAAUCAUUGCAUUGUGCAAAUAUCCCAAAGUUCGCAAUGUUGCAGCAGCUUUUAUUAUAAGUCUCUGUGUAGCAGACUUCGUAUUUUGCCUUCUCGUAUUGCCUUUCGACUCCAUCAGAUUCGUAGAUGCAAGUUGGGCAGACGUACGAUUCUUCUGCGUCCUUGUACCUUUCUUGAGAUAUGGAAACGUUGGUGUAAGCCUUCUCUCCGUUGCAGCUAUCACUAUCAACAGGUAUAUUAUGAUAGCUCACAAUGGCUUGUACAGCAAAGUUUACAAAAAGUAUUGGAUUGCUUUCAUGAUUGUAUUCUGUUGGAUUUUCUCUUAUGGAAUGCAAUUACCCACCCUGUUAGGAAUUUGGGGUAGAUUCGAUUACGAUUCGAAUUUAGAAACUUGUUCGAUCGUAAGGGAUAGCAGAGGUCACACAUCGAAAACGUUUCUUUUCGUGGUAGGUUUUGUAAUACCCUGCCUGAUCAUUGUCGGAUGCUAUACUAAAAUAUUCUGGGUAGUACACAGAUCCGAGAUAAGAAUGCGAAAACACGCGAGUCCAACGAUAAAAUCCCCUCAUACACCCGGAAGGGAUACGAGAGAGAUCAAACAGAGGCGUAGCGAAUGGCGAAUCACGAAAAUGGUCUUAGCCAUUUUUCUCAGCUUCGUCGCUUGUUACCUGCCAAUCACUAUUGUUAAAGUUGCCGACGUCGAAGUUAAAUAUCCAGAAUUUCACGUUUUGGGUUACCUGCUGCUCUACUUCGCCUCCUGCGUGAACCCGAUUAUUUACGUGAUCAUGAACAAACAAUACAGGCAAGCGUACGCGGGCGUGAUAGGAUGUUCGCGGAUAAGGGCGAGCCUUUCACCCUACGGAAGCAGCGCACCGGGUCAUCAUCACCAGCAGGACUACGGCCAAGGUAACUUCGAGCACCGUCGCGUGGUAACGCUCACCAAGCUCUGACCAAACGCGAGCUAAGCGACCACACCUCGCUCUCUUCAUUAUUCGAAAGAUUUCAGCAAAACGAUGGUAUCGACAGUCUCGAUCGCCAUGAAUCCUGUAAGAAAUUCUCAUUUCGAAGAGCAACCGUAAUUUUAAUAGACUGUUUGGAAAAGGAAGAGAAA